AUGAAUCCUUUUCAGCGCCAGCGGCAGACUCAGACUGCCUGGCACUCAGUUGGACUUUACUCCACAUAUCCUGAUCUCGGUCAGGACGAAGACUGCUCUCGAAUUGCACCGAGAUGCAAAGCAUUCGCCAUCCCCAUGACAAACGAUGGUUUAAAUCCAAAACAGCCGACCGAGGCAGACAUCGAUGUCCCUGGAGAUUUGAAGGAUCAGGUUCUUGUCUUUAAAUACAAGGGAUCCAUGGUUGCUGUUGAUCAUCAAUGCCCCCACUCGUCAUUUCCUCUUUCGCAAGGGAGCCUAUUUGAUAUCGAAGACUUUGGCAUCAUUCUUAGCGCUGGUAUCACUUGUCCCAAACAUGGCUGGUCGUUCGACCUGUUCUCUGGCCGCGCGGAUCGAGGUAAUUAUAGAUUAAAAGUGUGGGAGGUGGAGCUGCGUGACCACCAAGGAUCAUCUCAACAGACUUCUGAGAACAUCGACAAGGAGGUUUGGGUAAGGCGUAAACAGCGAAUUGGUUAA